AUGGAUGCUGGCAAUGAUCUUGAACCAAACCACCCAAAUGACAACGGAGACCACGAGGUGCAGGGAGAUCUAGUGGAUAUGGCGGAUGAAGAUGAAAUCCUGGCAGCCGUGGUAGAGAUCCUCGAGGGUGGAUCCGAUGAGGAGGAGGAAGACAUGGGUGAAGAAGAAAUCGAUGAAGACGAUUCUGAUUCUGAUGAUGAGAGUACUGAAAGUGGAAAUGAAGAAGAGGUUUUGACCUUGACUGGGCAAGAACGUGCUUGGGCAUUGGAGAUCAAGACUGCUGUUGAAGCUCCGAACAGUGGCAUCCGGCCUGUCUGUGACUUUGAGUAUGCGCAGUAUGCAUUGGUGACCAAAGGAGAUCUGCAAGAGGCAUUGAGAUGCCUGAAGGGCAUGCAACUCUUUCGAUCACAUUAUCAAGUGGAUGAUACAGUGAGCCAAGCUGUGUCGGCUCUGGAACAAUUCAUCGCCCUCAUGCCGGGAACUUUUCUGAUGGUUGACAAGUGUCCCGAUACUCUAGAGGGGAUUGUGGUGGUUGAUAUUUCAAAGUACCUUCCAGAAGUGGCCCAAACGCCUUCUCCAGGCCACUCAGACCUAGAGCACAACUGGAAGAUUCAUAUCUUGUUCUGGUACUAUGUAAUCAGAACAGCACAGCCUGGCUUCAAGUCAAUCAGAAAAGGCAUUGUGGCUCUUGUGGAAACCGCUGAUGCAGGAUGGGACAACAUGGACAUGAGCUUUGAACAGCGGACAUUUGCUGAAUUGUGGGCACACUAUCCCUGGAUUGCGAAAUCUACACGUGUGUACAAUAGCGGCCUUGUCAGUACAAUAUGGGUGUCACUGUUGAAACGUUUCAUAUCAAAUCAGCAUUUCCAAGCAAUCCGUAUGGGGUGUGAGGUGGGAGAAGACGAUGUGAACAGGGACCCAACCAGACCAAAGCUCAAGCUGAGCGAACUAUACCUGCAGCCUGGGGCAAACAGGGCUGGGAGGUGCCUAUUGCUCCGAGCGACGGAAUUGCUGGACGCACGGAGGGUCCACGAAGAAUCAUUUCGUCUGUAG